CACGAAUGAUUAUAUUUGAGAGGAUCAAAGAAAACUCGGGAGAAGAAAGAGGCACUGAGAUUUAGAUCUCCUUCUUCUGCUUCUUUCACUCUUGGUCUUGAGCUGGAGCCUGAGCUCGAGCUCGCUAAGGUUUUCUAUCAUCCCCAACAUUGGAGCAAUGGAACUUGGGGCGCGAUUAAAAAUGUCGCGCAUGGAUCGAUGCAAAGGGGGCCAAGGUGUGGGAGAAAAAGAGGGAGAUAAAAAGGGCUGGGGUCCGUAUGGGGCUCGAGAGAGCGUAGCCGUGUGACCGGACCAAAGACAUCGUCCUGGGAGAGCGAUAUAUAUACCUCGCUGUGUUGUUUUGUGUGAGAGAUAGAUAGUGUGUGUGGAUUUGUGUGUUCAAGGCUCAAUGUUGCUUCGCUCCUGGGCUCGCAACAGUGGCGUCUCCUUCUUCCCGGCCAGGAGAGGCGAGAGCUUUUAGAGACCAAGAUCUCACCAAGAUCAAAGUAAGUAACUUAUUAAGGAUCUCGCUCUCUCAUCGUUUUCUCAAUCUUCCCUUCCCUUCUCCUCUUAAACAGCGAAGGGUUCACGUAAAUAAGCACAAGAGAGAGAGAGAGAGAGAGAGAGGAGAGGAAGGAGAGAACGAGGAGGAGAAGAGCUCUCUCUUUCUUUUGGGGAAAGCUGAAAGGAUCUCAUAGAACUCUGUGUUUGUGGGCGGCGGCGCUCGGUGGAAAGCGCUUCGUGGUUGGCUGGUCUUUCAGUGUUCUCUUUCUCGUCGUUGCGCGAGCGUGAGCGCUGAGCUCUGAGUAAUGAGACGAGGGAGUGAGUGAGUGAGUGCGCGCUGUACUUGGCUGUCACUGCUGCCAAAAGAAAUCCCAUCGCUCCCGUCUUCCUCUUCCUUCGUUCCUCGCCUCAUCUCGCUCGUCCGGAGGGUACUCUCUCGCCAUUCGACUUGUUUGUGGUCUUGUGUUGUUUUGCUUCCCCAUGUACAUGUCUUGUUCCUGCUGCCUCUUCGCCUUUGGGUCUCGUAACAUUCUUCUCAAAAUCUAGCGCGCGAGAUUGCGAGAGAGAGUUCGCUUCUGAGCACUCUCUGAAAAGCUCCUCUCUACUAGAUUAGCUAUGGUCUAGGCUGCUCGAAAUCUUUUCUCUAGUUUUCUUCGUGGUUUUUUCUUGGGUUUUAGGAAGAGAUCCAAAUCCAAAUCCCAAGCUUGUCUCUUGUUUUCGUGUUGAUCCAACAUCAAUGAUGAGCACACCGGUACUAGUGCGUUGCUUCUCUCAAAUGCGAGCACGCGAAGAUCAGGGAGCCGUCUAGACAACAAAGAGCACCUGUAACAGCAGUGCUACUGGAAGAUAUGAUCGGCGGCGGGCGAUAGUUAAUGGGCUCCGAGACCUCUCUUUCCUGGUGAUCAUCUAGGACUUCAGAACUUCUUCUCUCUUUUGGGCGAGGAAGAGAGAGAAGAGCGAUGAGGUCUUCCGCUAGUAACAGUAAUUGGCUCGGCUUCUCUCUCUCGCCACAUCUCCCUUCUUUCGAGCAGCAGCAAGCUCCCUCGUCCAUCGGCGACGCCAAGCUCGGUGGUGGCGGUGAUCAUCUCCAGGGCAGCAGCGCCGCCACCGCGGACUACCAGCAGCAGCAGCAGCAGCAGCAGCUGGGCAGCAGUGAUCAGUCGCCUCAUCACCACCACCAUCACGAGCUCCAGAUGCAGCAGCCGCAGCUCGCCACGGACGGCUCGCUUUGCAUCAUGGAAGCGUUCGAGCAGCGGAGAUCCAGUAGCGAUCAAGAUCAAUGGCACAAAUAUGCAGGAAUGAGCGCGAGCAUGCAUCCCCAAGUCUACGACUACUCGCGGCUGGGCUUAGAGCCAGCGCAAGCGCAGCAGCACCACCACCACCAGCAACAGCAGCAAAUCCACCACCACUACGAGAACCUCCUCCGCCCAAAGCCCGAGCACGAAGCUCCCAAGCUGGCGGACUUCCUGGGCGGUGGCUCGUCCCUGGGUGGCGGCGGCGGCCAGUACUCGAGCCGGGACUCCUCCAACACCAGCCCGGGAGUAGCGAAUCUCUUCUACGGUGGUGGUGGCGGCGGAGGCGGCCACCAGCAGCAGCAGCAGCACCACCAGAUUGGCCACCACCAUUCCGGAGCUCCCUUCUCAGCGACGCCGCGGCACCAACACGAUCACGCCGCGGAGAUCAAUGUCAAUCUCCCGUAUUACAACCUCUACGGUGGUGGCCUCGCGGAGGCCACCGGCGAGGGGGGAUUCGAUCACCACUCGCACCAAUCGCGGCACAGCGAAUUCGAGCAGCACAGCCAGCAGCAGGCGGACGACAAUCUCUGCUCCACGAUCUCGUCGCUUCAUUCCCACUCUAGCCAGCUCGUCGCGGGGCAGGAGAUGGAUCACCACGGCCACGCGCAGCACCACCACGGCCACCAGGAGGCCAGCAGCAGCCUCUUCUCGGACUGCAGCCUGCAGCUCCCCCAUAGCUCGAGCAACGCUAGCAAUGGCGGGAAUAUGCUGGGGAUAUCCGCGCUCAAGACUUGGCUCCGCCAGCACCAGCAAGGAUCCUCUCCUCCCGGCGGCGAUCAUCAGCUCGCAACCAAGGCCACCAUCGCCCCCGCCAUCGCCGCCAAUCCGGGCGCCGCCAAGAGCACCGCCACCGGAGGCGCAUCCGGAGAGUUUAGCGCGCUGGCGAAUUUGCAGUCCUUGACGCUGUCCAUGAGCCCCGGCUCGCAGUCCAGCACCGCCGCCGCCGCUCCAUCGCAGGUCGCGGCUGCCGAUCAUCACAGUCCUUGCAACGCUGCUGGAGCGAAUCUCUGCUGCUCCACUACCUCCGCGCUCGUCACCAGUGCGGCCGCCGCCACCGCUGCCGCUGUCGCUCCCAGCGAUCCGGUUUCCAGCGACCAGCCGCCCAAGAAGAGGCCCAAGGCCGGUGGCAAGGAGCCGUCUCCCAGGAAAUCCAUCGACACCUUCGGACAGAGAACGUCAAUCUAUCGAGGCGUUACAAGGCAUCGCUGGACUGGACGUUACGAGGCACAUCUGUGGGACAAUAGUUGUCGAAAGGAGGGCCAGACCAGGAAAGGGAGGCAAGUUUACCUGGGGGGUUAUGACAAGGAAGAGAAAGCAGCGCGAGCGUAUGAUCUGGCGGCGCUCAAGUAUUGGGGACCUACGACCACCAUCAACUUUCCUCUAAGUGACUAUGAAAAGGAGCUAGAGGAGAUGAAACACAUGACACGGCAGGAGUUUGUGGCUUCCCUUAGAAGGAAAAGUAGUGGGUUUUCUAGAGGAGCAUCGAUUUACAGGGGAGUGACGAGACACCAUCAACAAGGACGCUGGCAAGCCCGGAUUGGAAGAGUAGCCGGCAACAAAGAUCUUUACCUCGGAACUUUCAGCACGCAAGAGGAAGCCGCGGAAGCAUACGACAUCGCCGCGAUCAAGUUCCGGGGCAUCAACGCGGUCACCAACUUCGACAUCAGCCGCUACGACCUCAAGAAGAUCUGCUCGAGCCCGAGCUUGCUCCUGGGCGAGACCGCCAAGAGGUACAAGGACAGCGACUCCGGAGUGGAUCAGAGCCAGCAGCAGAUCAUUCGAACCUCGGACGAGGACGUGGUACUUGUGCGCGGCAGCAGCGCCAGUGCUAGCCAGCUCCGAUCGAGCAGCAGCCACGGCGGCCAGCAGCUCAUCCCCAAGCCGGAGCAGGACUGGCAGCUGCUCUACAAUCCAUCGGGAGCGCAGGAGGUGGUCCAUCCCCUCAGCGGGAGCUACCACCACCACCAGCCGAUCAUCCAGCAGUCGCCAAGCAUGCAGCACGCGGUGCUGAGGAAUCUCAUCGGCCUGGACGCGCUCCCCAGCGGCGACCAGGGCGGCAGCCACAUCUUCUCGGGCGGCGCCGCGCUGGGCGGGCAAUCCACCUCCACGAGCACGCUCAUGAGCAACUCGGUCUACUCGAGCGACAGCCCAAAGCCGUCGGUGGGCGAGAACGAGGAGCCCAAUCCCGGCAAGAACCACUCGUCCAGCUCCUACGAUCAGGGAGGCGCAAUCGUUGGUGGUGGUGGGGAUCUCAGCAGCCGCGGUGGCGGCUACUGGAUGAGCAGCAAGCCAAGCAGCUACGACAUGGGAUCGAUCGUGACGCCCGUGCAGCAGGCCUUGAAUGGGAGGGCGCUGGCGGCGGCCGGGCAUCACCACAUGCCCAUUUUUUCAGUCUGGACCGAGAACUAGCAGAGGUCUCGCGCUCCAAGCCCUAAAAUUUGAAUUCAAAAUUUCAAAUUUAACUUUUCGCGCGAAA